AAGUGUUGCUGGCAGGUUCCCGGCCCCUUCCCGCUGGGAGGCUGUUGCUGGAGCCGCUACAUUACAAAGUCGAUGGAAAGUGCAGCGUUAGCCGAAUUGCAUUAGAGCCGCACUCUCAGUACAAAUGCACGAUGGUCGGGUGGUGGUUUAACCCUGAGGGACAGAUCAGUUGCUUUCCUUCCUGAUGAAGACAGAAGGUGAUGAGCGGAGGAGGGCAGACCUUCUCUCAGAGAUGGAGACCUUUACCACGACCCAGGGACCCCCACCCCAGCGGGGCAAAUGCUCCUGGAAAUGCCUGCAGGCCUUCUGGAUCUCCUUCCCCCACGUGUGCCUGGUUUGCUCCCUGGUCCUGUACAGCAUCCUGGGGGCCCUUAUGUUCUGGUUCAUCGAGGGAUCAAGGGAAAAGGAGAUUUCACAGUUUGAGGAGUUUCUAGAGAAGCUCUGGAUGAUCGUCCAAAACAGCUCCAUCGAUAACGCGACUAUAUCAGACAAUGGGUCGGCCCCUGAGAUAUUUAAAGAACUGGCAAGGGAAGCCAUCAUCACAGAUCUCCAAGUGGAAUGGCUGCAGAAACCCGAGGAGCAGUGGAGCUUCAAGAGCUCUUUGUUCUUCUGCUGCACGGUAUUCACCACAGUAGGGUACGGCCAUAUUUGUCCAGUCACCAUGUAUGGGAAGCUGGCCUGCAUGGUGUAUGCUACAUUAGGUAUCCCCCUUAUGCUCUUACUUCUGGCUGAUCUGGGGGAUAUCCUGGCCAGGCUCUUAUCAAGGACCUACAAGCGUGCUGUCUUGGCCUGCAACAAGUUGUGCCACAAGCCGAAGCCAAUCAAGUUGUCCUCUCUUCACAAAGAGCAUUCUGGGAAAUCGAGUUUGCUAAAAACCAUGGACAGCAGAGUGUCAAUGAAGGAACCAUUAAAUAUUACCGAGGUGAUAAAGACCCAAGCCUCUGUGAAGAGAAAAUACCUACAGAUGCGCAACAUAGACAUUUUUGAGCUGAUCAUCGUGAAGGAGAAUCAGAAGGUUCUACCACUAAAAAGUAGCCUUCAACAAAAAUCUUUCUCUUGCCCUGAUCUGGAUUUAUGGCCCCCCAGUGACUCCGCCAUGCAGAACUUUGACAAGAUCGGAGAAGAACUUGACCACCUGGAUGUCCCAAUCGUAUUAAUUGUUUUGGUGAUGGUGGCUUAUAUCAUGUGCGGGGCCUGUAUCCUUCCCUUGUGGGAAGACGAUUGGACAACCAUAGACGCCUUUUACUUCUGUUUUGUGACUCUCACCACCAUCGGCUUCGGAGAUAUUAUACCCAAACACCCGAAUUAUUUCUUGCUGCUUUCCGCCUACACUGUGGUGGGCAUGGUGAUUGUGUGCAUGGCCUUCAAACUGGGACAGAACCGACUGGUGAGUUUCUACAAGCAGUGCAUCUUGUGCAUCAGCGGGGGGAACAUUAAAAAGUACUCUAAGACAGAGGACGUCUCUGGACAAUGAACAUUAUUUGUCUAUGGAGCGGUCUAUAAGACAGUCCAUGUCAGCAUGCAUUGUAUAUAACACAGGCCCUGGAGGCAACCUUCGCUGGCCAUGCACGGAAUGGGCCUGUCACAUCAGUGGAUCUGUGCCAAAUGUGCCAAGUGAUGGGCGAACUCAAGCUCCUCUGUGUGUAUAGGAGCGGGCACUCAAUGAGCAGUCCUCAAGGCAAGUGUUAUGAGAACAUGGAACAAGUCCACCUCUGUUAUUGGUACUUUAAUAAAUCUCUACUUGACCUUCUCCAUGACUGUGGUGAGUUUAUUUUGGGCUAAUUAAUCCAAUAUGGAGCUAAUGCAGUUGAUGGCCAAUGGUUGCUCCUCCACCGUCUGGCCAAGGUCCUGGCCACCUUCAGAUAUGAAUCAGUUGGGAGAACUGGGAAGACAUUUAACCUUUUUUGGGACCAUAUUUACCUACAAAGGCACGUGUAAUAAAUCAUACACUCGUGAGCAAAGGUUCUGCCAAUGCAUUGGCCUACUACCAUUAUUAUCAUUAUUAUUAUUAUCAUUUUUUUCCGAUGAAUUAUUCAGGGCACGCCCACAGGGGAUAUUACCUGUUUUGCAUCGUAUCAAUGAGCCUGUUAUGUUUCUGCUCAAUUGACUCAUGUUGCUCCUCUUUGGUCCUGUUACCCAUAGCAACUUGGUUUGAUCAAUCUACUGCGCAUUAAAGAAUGAAAGGAAA